AUUUGCGUUCGCUUUUGAAGACAAUCAAAACCAUAAUAAACGCUUGUGAAAUUCUCUCACAGGCUGUAAGAAAAGAAGAACAAUGACAGGAUUACUUCAUGCACAAAAAUUCAAAGACAGUAUGGAUGAGCCUCCAUCUCUGUCAUCCUCCAAGGGUCCUCUGUUUGAGGAGCUUCAGUGUUCGGUGUGUUUGGAUGUGUUCACUGAUCCAGUCAGCACUCCAUGUGGACACAACUUCUGUAAGAGCUGCCUGAACAAGAGCUGGGAGAAGAGUCAGGUCUGCAGAUGUCCAUUGUGUAGAGAAAGAUUCAGUGAUAGACCUAGUUUUAAGAUAAACACUGGACUUGGAGAGUUUGCUCAACGCUUUAAGCAAAGGUUAAGCCUGAGAAUAUCUGAGGUUCUCUGUGACAUCUGUGAUGGGAGAAAGAUGAAAGCCCUGAAGUCCUGUCUGGUGUGUCAGACCUCUUACUGUGAAACUCACCUGGAGCCUCAUCUGAGAGUCCCAAACUUCAAGAAACACAAACUGAUGGAGCCUGUGAUAAAUAUAAAACACUAUAUAUGCCAGAAACACGAGAGACCUCUGGAGCUGUUCUGUAGAGAUGAUGAGAUGUGUGUUUGUGUUUUUUGCACUGACGGAGACCACAAGACUCACCACACUGUUCCUAUACAAGAGGAGAUCAAAAAGAAGAAGAUUGAGAUGAUGAAGACUCAGAGAGACAUGCAGCAGAUGAUCGAGGACAGACUCAAGAAGAUUCAAGACAUCAAACACUCAGCAGAACAUAGAAAAGAAAACAUAGCAAGAGAGAAAGCGUCCAAUGUUGAGCUCUUCAGUGAUCUGCAGCGCUCCAUUGAGAGAUGUCAGGCCGAGCUACUGGAGAUGGUGGAGGAGAAGCAGAAAGCAGCGGAGAAACAGGAUGAAGAGCUGGUUCAAGAGCUGCAGCAGGAAAUCAAUGAGCUGAAGAUGAGAAACUCGGAUUUGGAUCAUCUCUCACACACUGAGGAUCACCUUCAGCUCCUGGAGAUUUACCCAUCCAUAUGCAGCCCUCCACACAGCAGGAACUGCCCUGAGAUCAGUAUAAACACUGAUGUGAGUGUGGAGACUCUGAGGAGAGCUCUGACUCAACUGCAGGAAACUCUGAAUGAGAAACUCAGUCAAACUGUGUUGAGGAGGAUGCAGCAGUAUGCAGUGGAUGUGACUCUGGAUCCUGAUACAACUCAUCAAAAACUGAUUCUGUCAGAUGAUGGGAAACAAGUGAGCACUGGGGACACUAAGCAAAAGGUCCCAAACAACCUAGAAAGGUUUGAUAAGUGUAUCUGUGUUCUGGGAAAAGAAGGAUUCCUGAUGGGGAGAUUUUAUUUUGAGGUUCAGAUGAAGGGAAAGACUGAGUGGACUUUAGGAGUGGCCAGAGAAUCGAUUAACAGGAAGGGGAAAAUCACAGUGGGUCCUCAAGAUGGAUACUGGGCUGUGGGUCUCAGGAAUGAGAGUGAAUAUUGGGCUUAUGCAGCUUCAGCUGUACGUCUGUCUGUAAGAGAAAAACCACAGAAGGUUGGUGUGUUUGUGGAUUAUGAAGACGGUCUGGUCUCCUUCUAUGAUGUGGAGUCCAGAUCUUACAUCUACUCUUUCACUGGACAAUCUUUCAUUAAUAGACUUUACCCAUAUUUUUGCCCCUUUCCAAAUGAUAUGAGUAAAAAUUCUGCAUCAAUGAACAUCUCACCUGUUAACUACAGUGGAUGAAUAUAUAGCACUCCCAUUUUAAAAGUGAAAGCGAGGCUGCGGUGGGAAGAAACCCGGAAGUAUUGUCUGGAAUCACACAGGAAUGGCGUCCAUGAUGGCGUAUUGUUGUGUACCUGGCUGUAUAUCUUAUCAAUGAAGUGAAAGUGACAUGGAGGUCUGUUCUGAAUGGAUAGUGAAAAUAAAAAGGGAUAUCGGACCUCAUUUUCAGCUGGGAAAUGGCACUAGUUAGCUAGCAUUUUCUUUCCCAAACACAUUUUACAUGCCGUUUAUCAAACUCGAGUUUAUACCUGCCAACAUUUGUCCUUGAAAUCCGGGAGAUCGGGGGGAUUGAGAACUGGUACUGUGUACUGUGGUGUUAGUAACUGUACUGUGAAGUGAUUUUCGGGUAGCCGCUGCGAUCAGAUCCUAUACCAAUGUUGACGACCUUUGGGUUUCACAGACCGUACCAAAACGCUGAGGACUGGGGGGAUGGUUGAAAUUACGGGAGUAAAUAACAAAAUGGGAGGGUGGCGGGAAAUGGUUCUGAAAUAUGGGAGACAUUUCUGUUGAGCACUGGUAAAUACUAUGGCAAAUCAGCAGUGUUUAAAAACACACUCAAUGGCGCUUAAAUGUUAGCAGGAAAUUGACGUUUUUAAAAUUCCUGUAUUGGAACAACACUAUUACAGACAACAUGAGGGUGUGGUACAGAGGACUGCAUUAUUACAUAGGCUGAAGCAGGGAGGUGUCCCCACAGUGUUUACCUGGUCCCAUGAACUGAAGCCUAGAAGGACACUUCAGUGUAUUACUCUUGAAGAGAUUGUGAUUUUGUUUGAUGCCUAAUAUGCUUUUAAUUGUUUAAAAAACAAAAAAAUUAUUUACUGAAUUCAUUUGCUCCUUGAUAAGUAAAACAUAUACUUUCAUAUCUUAUUUUUUAGACGCAAGAAACUACAACAGUUAUAUUUUUAAUUUUACUAAUUAAAUUCUACAAAACAUAAAAUGUGAAUAUUUGCACAGCUUGAGUGUCCUGUACAUUAUUGCAGACUUACUGGAUCAUUCAAAUUAAUUCAGCACGCAGAAUAUUAAUACAUGACUGAAAUAAUAAAAUCCCAGGACUUGUCUUACUAUUUUUACUAAAUUUUAUACAAACUGUACAAUGCUUUGCUGUUUCCAACUGAAAUGAACAAUAAUGGCAUAAUAAUAAUUAUUAUUAUUAUUAUUAUAACAGGGGCAAAUUAUUAUUUCACAUGCAAUAACCUGAAACAUUAUUUCAUGUUGUACUUGCAACAUGGAGUGCUUUCGUACUUAAUGUGUAAUGCUAUUAAGACUAAAUGUAGACUUUUCAGAUUUUUAGACUUGUCUGUGAGAUUGUGUAUAAUGUGUAUGUGUUUGUAAUAUACAGUGAGCUUACAAAACAAUUCAUUAAAAUUACAGAAUACAAAA